AUGAACCCGGAAGCAGUAGCAAACAACCGCGCCUCCAAAACACGCCUCCAGAAACAAGCUCCGGCCACUCUCCACCUCCAUCAGUUCCCUAGCAAAGAACCUCAAGAAGAUAUGUCAAAAACUGUGAUUCCGUUAUUAUCUCCAGUCGUACUCUCGCCUGCUUCUUUGCCAGAAGCCGGUAAUCAUAUGGGAUACUCAUUUCCAACACCUGACAAUGGUGAAGUGAAAAGGACUCAUGAGAUUGCGAUUGGAAAAAAUCCUCAGGUGCAACAAAAUAGCAGUGGUGACGUCUCCCAAUGGCAACAUCCGGCCAUGUCGAUGAUGGAUACGACAUCUCUCUAUUCUUGCUUCGAGUCGAAAUGCACCAUCCGUCCUCGUAACCAAUGA